AAUGGGAGAUGAUUCUACACGUCGCCAUGUGGUGCUAAGCACUUCAGUGGGCGAUAUUACUUUAGAGCUAUAUUGGAAUCAUGCGCGUAAAACUUGUGAAAAUUUUUAUCAAUUGGCAAAACGAGGAUAUUAUAAUGAUGUGAUUGAUUUUAUGAUUCAAGGUGGUGAUCCUACAGGCACGGGACGUGGAGGACAGUCAAUAUAUGGUCGUCAUUUUGAAGAUGAGAUAAAUCCAGAACUCAAGCACACCGGUGCUGGCAUAUUAAGUAUGGCUAAUUCAGGUCCUAAUACUAACGGUAGUCAGUUUUUUAUCACAUUGGCCUCUACACCUUGGUUGGAUGGUAAACAUACAAUAUUCGGGAGAGUGAGUCAAGGAAUGCGUGUGGUUAAACGCAUGGGAUUGGUUGCUACUGAUUCUCAAGAUCGGCCAAAAGAAAAUGUCAAAAUUUUGAGAGCUCUAGCAGUUGAUGAAUAA